AUGGCUUUGACAUUGUUUAUCACGGUGACCUUUGAGGCAUCAAUCCGGUAUAUCGAAACCAAUUUAUGGGAUGCAUUCACUAUCUUCCAGAUAUUGACGACUUGGAUUUUGCCCACUGUGAGCUUGAUUGCCCAGUUGCCCUGGGAAUCGCUGAACAUACGCAAGAGAAGGAAUCUGGAGGCCUUUCUGAACUGGAUGGGUGCUCCGUCUGCGAGCCUGACCACAACCAUCUUCAACAUAUACAUGAUCAAGAGAUGCAAUGAACUGGCUCGAUCAUCAUCCCAAGACGCCCGAAUGGACGACGCCAUGUAUAUCUUGAGCUGUAUCAAUCAGUAUCAAUACCCAGGGACGUUGCAGACCACACAGCUCGUUGACCGCCCUCACACGGAGACAAUGCGCGAACGAGCCCUCCCAAGGUUGGAGAAACUGGCAGCGUGGGUAAAACGAUCGCAAAGCGUGGACGCCUCCAGUGACUCUGAGGAAGAAUUCCCCUCUACCAUGAGACGUCGGAAUAGAGCGCUCUUACAGGGAGUCUUCGGCCAGCUGAAGCUGUCCGAACGAGAUCUGCAUCCUGACGAGGAAGAGCUCCGAAACCGGCUGGCAGAGUUGAACGCCACUCUUGCGUACCAACUACGCCUCAGCCGUAGGAAAGGAGUGUGGCCUUUGGCGCUCAAUAUCCUAUGGUUCGGAGUCUCAUUGAUCAUUUCGGUCGCCGUCGCCUUUGCCGAUCUUGGUGAUAAUACCACUGCACAUUCACUCGCGCUUGGACUUCUACUGUCUUGGAUUCCGUCUUUAGUGGUUAUGGCAAUUGUCGAUCGUAACCCCACGAACUCCCGUCGAUGCCAGGAGCUCAUCGAAAGGUGGUUGUUCAAUAUCGACCAGGUCGUUGAAGCACAAAAGCGGAAGGAGCGUAUCAGAAAUGCAGCUCAUACAUACACCCAGCCUCCGCAAGGAGAACAUGCGAGCGGGACCGAGGCAGCACAACCGGAACAGGGCGAGGAAGUACAGCGAGGACCAGAGGAUACCCACCUGAUAUUGUGGAGCAAAGCUCUCGAACGAAAGCAUCCUGGACUGCGAAGAGCAUAUGGCAUUGGGCGCUUUGUUGGCCAAGGACGAUACCUGAGGUAUUGCGGUGUCGCCAAUGCUGCGCUUAUGCAAUACGAGCGAACAGGAGGGGACCUCGAUAAGCUCAAUCUUGACGAUCCGACUGGGUUCGAAACACAGUUGACGAGAAGACCAUACUCGUGGUAUAUCACAUGGGCAUUCAGCGAGAUGAUUGUUGCCAUUAGCUUUGGCAUGGCAUUCAUUGUGUCAUUCAACACGCCAACGAUAGGGCUGGGUUGUCGAUCCGGACUUUACUUGAUCUGGUAUCUGAUGACUUCCCUAUCAUGGCUAAUGCUGCUGGUUAUCCAGGAGCCAUGGCGCUGGUUGCAAAAGCUACUGCUUUUGCCCAAUUUCCUGGCGGUGGUGUUGCUAUUCCUUUUGACGCUAUUUCAGGUCUUGGGAGUAUUGACUGGUUGUGUGUGCCAGGCGAGCACGUUUGGUAGCUCUGCGUAUGGAGGCUACAUGGACUUUGAAAAUGGAGUCUUCUACCGCAAGGCAUACAACGUCACGGUGUUUUGGGGUACGGCGGCAGCCAUUGGGUUCUUCACCUCCUUCGUCGUCAUAGCCUAG